GGCCUUAUUCGUAUACCCUCGAAGCGCAAGGUUCAACGUCCGGUCCCCGUGUUAUAUCCUCUGGAACCGUAUGCGCUUGACGGAGCUGUUGACCCGGGAUUCGUUCGAGAUUAUUUGUCGACCCGGUGAAUCCAGAGGAAGCUAAUGGCCCACAGUGAGACGCAGGAGUAUCGGUCGUCCGAGUCUGAUGUACAUCGCGUCGAGGCUGUCGUCAGGGACAGGUCGGUUGUCUGCAUUGAUACACACAUGUACAUGCUACACGCGGAAGCACGCAAGCAAGCGUUGGAAAUUCUUCAAGGAGGAACGAGUCUUGUCCCUUGGUGUCAUCAGCAACAUUUUACCCUAUUGGUAGGCUACGUCAUUGCCACUGAGGAUCACAUGCACUGCAUUCAUGUCGAAUCACUCGCCGGGCCGUCCUCUUUUACGAUCCUCACAAGCUUCAUCGAAACGACCAAAAAAUCUAAUCCAUCUGAUACCGGGAAAUCUUUCAGGCCCGUCGCAAUUAAGACGGGGUUGCAAACGGGUGCAUUGGAUUGCCCACUCUGGGUACUCACUGCGGCCGAGUCCGCCUUGCAGUGGCGAGGUGAUAUCGGAAGUCGCGCCAUCGAGACGGAACUUAUUGCGUGGCUCCGAGCGAGUUCACCUCUACGUUGGUUAUGGAGAGACGUGAUCCGCUCUCUGUUCCAAGCUACCCUCAGACCGACGAGAUGGUCUCCGCCCGGACACCUUCUGCCCUUUUCUCGCCAACUAUCUGGUAUCCAGAUCGUGGUUCAGGCGCCCUUACGGCCGGAGGACAUGCAGAGAUUACGAUACAUAGGAAGUCGUCGGUUUGGGACUCGUUCGUGCGUGACCGUCCGUCCUGCUGUAUUGCCGAACCAACCAAUAUGUAGAUCGUCGAUGCUCUGCUCGAGGCAGAAAUGCAAGCUAUCCUAGUUGCCAACUAGCCUGUCGGUCCUGCAUUCCCUCCACAUCAGCAUGAGAAUUGCGCUGCCCGGUAGGGAUACGCCCGUAUCAUGCUCUAUUCUAUGCGAUAGUCAUAUGAUGCAAGAGAUCUACUCCAUACAACUCAGGAGCGGGGUGUCUUGUAUGCUUGCUAGUCCAAAGUCUCUAUCGGAUAAUCGUUGUCUUCGUUCUCCUUCUACAUGCUCCGGUCCACGGCCGCUCCUCGUUACUCAAUCUGAAGUGCCUGCUUAUGCCACC